ACCUGCUCCUCUGCCAACCCCCGUGCCUUCCCUUCCUUCCCAUCUCCACCACCACCAAAAUCCUAUCAAACCUCAACCCCCCAGUAACCUCAACUACGCGCAACUGGGAGUUUUUGAGGACAAAUAUCAUCAUCUGCGUCGCCCAUUUAUCCACCGUCCCUUGACUUCGCCAAUUGUCGCGACUCAACCCAAACCCGCGAGCUAAUCUGCCGAGAUCUCCACCCUCUCCUUAUUACGCGCCCAGCCACACCCGCCUCGGGUCAACCGAGCGACGAGUGCGGCGGUGAGCCUGGAUCAAGACGAGGCAUCAACAGCAAUCACGGCGCAUCACGGUAGGUCUAUCGAGGCCUCGAGUCGCCCUCGAUGAGUAAUGAGGUCGCUCAGCCGGUUGAGCAUGAAUCCGUUCGCUCAUCUACAGUAGAGCAGAAGAACGGUUACACAUCGAAAGCUUCCACCACAUCGAACCAUUUCGCCGACAGCCAACGAGACCAGACUUCGAACGAGCCCGACCUGACCUCUGUACCAGUUGGCGACGAAUCGUCAGUCACAACAAACGACACACUAAAGAAGAAUCAUACCCUCCUGCAUGUGCCUUCGCGAUCAUCGUCGCACAAGAUACAGUCUUCGCCGACCGCGACAGCCCUCAGUGGAGCCACAGCCAGCGAUCCAACUGGCAGCAUAGGGGGAGGUUCAAGGAAGUCCAACUCCAGCAUCAUCGGCGAAAAGCGCAACGGCAGUUUAACGAGCAGUAAGAGAUCGGCAACAUCUCCUGCAGCUGCUGAAAGCACACCGGCGACAGUUAAUGCUACAUCUUCUCAAUCAGCACAAAUGCAAAAGCCAAAGAAGUCUCGAGGUUUCUUGUCUUUUCUGAACUGCUGCGGCGUUCCCGACAGUGCGAAUGGGAUCGACCCGGAAGAAACAGCUCUUCCUGUAAAGCCGACUACCUCAACCACUUCUCAAGCUAGGGCGACGACACCAAGCAAACCAGUGUCAACCGUCCCCGACGUAAUCACAAGCCAUAAAUCUGCGCAACCGGAAAAGGCAGCCAUGGUCCCAAAUAAUACCACCGAUAACGAUGGCCGACCAUCUGUUGAAGGAACUGGUCUCAAACAACAACAAGCUGUCGCCGAGCAGCAUGCCAACUCAAAGGAUUCUCGUAACCAGCCGCUACCUGCUUUACCACGAGAUGCCGAGGAAUCGGUCGCAAACACAAACGCCCCCGGUGCAUCAAACCCUGUGGUAUUUGUCCAGGCGCCAACUCCGAUUAUUCCCCAACAAGACAGCAGCGUUCCCAUCUCGUCUCAGAAUGACACAAACAAUGAGGUUGAUACGACAGUUAACACGAGCGACUCUGGAGAGGGCAACACCACCAAAGACGUGGAGGGAGAUCAACAGACGAAUACAGCCAAUACGACAUUACCCCCACCUCCCCCGAUAGCUGGAGCAGGCACCAACGGCACUGCGCUAAGUCAGACCCAGGGACCAUCUGUUGCUGAUACCGUUGAGGAAAAGCAGCAGUGGUUGCUACCUCCAAUUGAACCAAGGUUUAAUGGGAAAAAAUGUUUGGUCCUUGAUCUCGACGAAACGUUGGUGCACAGCAGCUUCAAGAUUUUGCACCAGGCAGAUUUUACAAUUCCGGUAGAAAUUGAGGGGCAGUAUCACAACGUCUAUGUCAUUAAGCGCCCUGGAGUAGACCAGUUCAUGAAGCGUGUUGGCGAGCUAUAUGAGGUAGUGGUAUUCACAGCAUCCGUUUCCAAGUAUGGCGAUCCCCUAUUGGACCAGCUCGAUAUACACAACGUUGUCCACCAUCGCCUUUUCCGAGAGAGCUGUUACAACCAUCAAGGCAAUUACGUUAAAGACCUGUCCCAGGUUGGCCGCGAUCUACGAGAGACCAUCAUCAUUGACAAUUCGCCAACAUCGUACAUAUUCCACCCUCAGCAUGCUGUACCUAUAAGCAGCUGGUUUUCGGAUGCCCAUGACAAUGAGCUACUGGAUUUGAUACCUGUUCUCGAAGAUCUUGCGGGGUCCCAAGUACGCGAUGUCAGUCUGGUACUGGACGUAGCUCUUUAACUUUCUUAAAGUAUGCAUUCUUGCAACUUGGCCUCAUAGCGGAUGGAGUUCGGUUGACAUCUUCAAUUCUAUUAUAGAAUGUACUGUUUAAUACUUAUAAUCAGCAUGGGACAUUACUCGCUGAAUAGGCGAACGUCAGGAAAUUAAACGCAUCAAUUCCGAGGAGGAGCAGAUGGGACGUCUGUGGAUGGACGUCGGUUGACGGAGGAGAGGCCAAUUUCACCAAGUUCCAAGCUGGCCAAAUUUCAGACUGGCUAUGAAGAAGGAUGAGGAUUAUAUCUCCAUUCAAUAACCAGAGGCAUUGAGACUCGUUUCUGUACUUUCAUUUUUGCGACGCAUCAAGCGAUUUCCCUUUGUUAUUUCACAGCUCUCUUUCGAAAACAUAGGGACGCGUACACAUAUGAUAUACCCGUGUAAGACUACAUUCACCUUUUAGUGAAAUCUAGUUAUCCGUUUCAACCAACAGCUGGGCUCACUGUCAUUGCAUAAACCGUCUCGUCGUGACCAUAGUAACUGUGACCAGCCGGCCAUGUGCCCAGCUUGUUUUAUACUUGGCGGGCCAGAAGAUCAGCCCCUUUCUCCAUUUAUUCAGAUUAGAUUAGAUUGUGGGGAGCUACAGCAAAAGUGGACUUGGUCGGAUAAUCGAAGCGCCGCGCCGCACAGUAGUGCGUUUUAAGUGGGCACUAUGUCCGUAAUCGUGGCCUCAAUUAUAACGAACAUCAAUCCUGUCAAUCAACCUCGAGAUUCAAACUCAGAACGCCAUACCCAAACCACUUUCGUUCUCGAGUUACAGGUCGCUCCCAUCUACACAAACCAUCACCCACGAAUAAUGUCUUCUCCACGUGCAUCAUCCCCCGUUUCCUCGGGCGUGCAGAACUCCGGACGUCCAUCAUCCCCUACGCCACCCGGUGGACCAAAGACUGCUAUUCGCAGGAGAGCUGCUGCGGACCAGAAGGACAAGGUUGCGAAUGUACGACCAAGCAGCACCAGGGCGGCUGGCGCCGGUGGAAGCAGCAGCACAAUGCUGAAGCUGUACACCGAUGAGUCUCCAGGACUCAAGGUCGACCCCGUCGUUGUUCUCGUUCUGUCUAUUGUAUUUAUCUUCAGCGUUGUUGCUUUACACGUCAUCGCCAAAAUCACCCGCCGAUUCUCCAGCUGAUUCGACGCGCCCACUUUGGGGAGUUUCCACUGUUAUUCGCUUUUGUACCUGGGGUUCUAAGACAUGCGGCAUUUUCGGCUUUGGCGGCGCGGACUGUACUGGAUUUCUAGAUAUAAUUGAUACGGAAGUUCGAGAAAAGCUGUUUUACAAGGGCAAGGGACGUUCUUACAAGAGACAUUGUAACUUGUGCCGCACACUAGGUCCACGGUGCAAUCUGUAAAAUAGAAGUUAAUUGACUUGCUUCUUGUCAAGUAUCAUUAAAGGCAGUCUGGUUCAUAUCUACGUGGUUCAUUAUAAUGGCUUCAAGAAGCUUCGACUUCUUGUACGAGAUGUAGUGUAUGAGGCCGCCACAUAUCCAUUUGAAGCUAUUCUAAG